AUGAAGCUUUCAGCAGGUUUUCUCACACUAUCUCUGUGUUUUAGCACCCUUUCCUCUUCUCCUGUGCUUCACUCAAGCCCCGCUGACAAUCCAGGCUGCUUCAAAGUCAACAGCUGCAAAUGCAUCAUGAAGGAUGGCAGUGGAGUGAUAAACUUGAAAGCUAUGGGCGACGCAGAAGGUUUCCUGGGACGUUUGAGGGCCGUGCCAGUGGGCAACACAUCUGUAGACACAGAGAUCCUGUUCUCCUUCAGCCCCUGCCAGCACUUCUCCCAGCCAGAGGACCUGCUGGGAGGCGACUGUACCAGCGUUGCUGCUUGCCUCAUUGUCAGGUACCCGGGGGUCAGUGGACACAUCAGCCACUACAUAAACUAUGGCGUGCACGUAGGGAAUGAGUUCCACUAUAAUCACACUUUGAAGGUGCUGUCCGUGCUGUACUUUGCUCACAGAGAACAGCCAAUGACUGUCGCUCAUUACCGCUGCAAUCCCAACCGGUCCAGGUCCACCGUCCAGGCGCAGGGCCUCAGCAGAGCGGGCCCCCUGCACAUCUGGGUGGAGAGCCCCUGUGCUUGUCCAAACGCCUGCACCAUGGGCGAUCUGGGUCUAGGCACCAUCUUCCUCAUCCUCCUCUCGCUCAGUGCAGCUGCAUACUUUAUCCUUGGCUCCUGUGCACUCAGACCAUUCCGGAGCAACAGCGGGGUGCAGAUAUCUCCAGAGCACAGUGUCUGGUGUAUGAUCUGCUACCUCUGCAGCGAGAGACGGCCCCGAAGAAGACGAUGCUACGCAGACCUGACGCUGUGACUGAUGAGCGGUACAACGCUCACUCUGUAUUUAUUAAAGUACAGUUUACAGUGUGCCUGCAUUGAUCUGGAUCAGAAGAGUCAACUGUGUUUAGGUUGUUUGCAAAAGGCAUCUGCGUCUCAUGCUCUAAUGUUGGAGGUGAAGCUCACACAGUGGAAACAAGUUGUAAAACAGUAAUGACACGGCGAUGUUAUAAACAGAACCCGGAGCAGAAAUUGUAUACACAGCCCUGAUAAAAUGCCAGGGUUUUGGGAUCAGAAGAAACGGGACCAUGCAGAAUCCUUUAAAAACCUUUCCUUGCAUAUAAUACAUCUCACAGCUUGUAAUAUUCCUCUGAAAAACAAAGGAAUCUCUUACUGUGGGCAAUGUAAAAGAAUAAAAAGCAGUGUGAAGGCCCUUAAACAGAUACUUUUCUGAAGUAGCUUCUUCAUUUUCAGUGGCUAGUCUUGUUGAGUUCGCAUGUCCCAUCAAUUAUAUUGAAUUUGAAUUGUUGCAAAGUAUCUGAGGGAUCAUAUAGUACCAAUGUUUCCAUCAGGAGAAAGGUACAAAACGUUUCUGAUCUAAAAGUGUCCAUGGUACAGUUUAAGAUCAGACUGUGUGAAAAAACCUACGUAUCACCAUGCAUACUCAGAACACAAGCAAUAGUUCCCUCUUGUUACUUGAAGUGUUGGCUGCACAGUGGUCAGUUCAUAGCGCUGCUACCUCGCAGCAGGGAAGCCCUGGGCUCAAAUCCCAACCUGGGCUCUUUCUGCAUUGUUUGCAUGUUCUCCCAGUCUUUUCCAGUUCCUCUGGCUUCUUCCUACAGUCCAAAAACAUGACUGUUAGGUCAA